AUGGGAGGGGAGCUUGGUGAAGGUGCCUUUGGGAAGGUCUUCCUAGGCUGAAUGUUACAACUUAAGCCAACCAAGGAUAAAAUGCUGGUCGCUGUGAAGACUCUAAAGGACCCAACACUUGCAGCCAGGAAGGAUUUCCAGCAUGAGGCAGAGCUUCUGACCAACCUCCAGCAUGAGCACAUAGUCAAGUUUUACGGCGUGUGUGUGGAUGGAGACCCUCUUAUCAUGGUUUUUGAGUACAUGAAACAUGGAGAUCUUAAUAAGUUUCUCAGAGCCCAUGGACCAGAUGCCACAAUCCUGGUUGACGGGCUUCCUCUUCAGACCAACGGGGAGCUGGGUUUGUCCCAGAUGCUUCACAUAGCGAGUCAAAUCGCAGGUGGGAUGAUCUACUUGGCAUCCCAACACUUUGUCCACCGUGAUCUUGCAACAAGAAAUUGCUUGGUGGGGAAUGGCCUUCUGGUGAAAAUAGGAGACUUUGGCAUGUCCAGAGACAUUUACAGCACAGAUUAUUACAGGGUUGGAGGUCAUACCAUGCUUCCUAUUCGUUGGAUGCCCCCAGAGAGCAUCAUGUACAGGAAAUUCACCACAGAGAGUGAUGUGUGGAGCUUUGGAGUUAUUCUGUGGGAGAUCUUCACAUAUGGCAAACAGCCAUGGUUUCAGCUAGCCAACAAUGAGGUUAUUGAAUGCAUUACUCAGGGCAGGGUAUUAGAGCGCCCAAGAACCUGUCCAAAGGAAGUCUAUGAUAUCAUGCUGGGCUGCUGGCAAAGGGAGCCACAACAGCGCCUCAUUAUUAAGGAGAUUCAAAAGAAGCUUUUGGCGCUGAUGAAAUCCACACCUGUGUAUCUGGAUAUAUUAGGAUAAGAACAGAUACCAAUGUGAAGAAAUCAGAUGCACUGGGACAGAACUCUUGCACAAUCAAGCCAUCAUGUGCAAUGGGAUAGAGAAUCAAAUCUACACUACAUCUGCUUUAUUUAUUGGAAGCAAUGGAAAGAAGUAACUUAAAUGGGGUGGGAAUUUAGUGAACCAAAAAGAACUUGAAAACACUGACUCAUAACAUAGAUCUUGUAGAUUUUUUUUACAUAAAUUGAAAAAGUAAGGCUCAUUCAGAACUAUGAAUUCUGUCAAACUGGAGGUAAGCCUGUGAAUAUUGUCCUAGUCCAAAUUUUUAUCUUUUCGUAUAAAUUGAUCAGCUCACACCAUAUAGAUCAUUGCAGCACUGCUUUUCAGUUCUGACCUACAGUAGUAAUUUUUGUAGUUUGCUGGUAUGUGAGCUAUGUAAUCAUAAAUGUUAACGUGUGACCAAUUUUUGUUGUAUUUCGUCCACAAUAUUCAAGUAUUUUGUCAUUUCAUAUACAUGUCAUAAAAAGACUACAUGCAUUAAAAUAAAACAAGGUUCCUCUUCAGUCUGGUGGUUGCAUAGGUUCACAAAGGCUAGCUGCAUUGUUGGCUGAAGAAUUAAGUUUUUACCUUCAUGUAAUGAUUCAUCGAUGCCAGGAAGGUAGCCAGCAUGUCUGCAGGUUAAGGGUGAUGUCUCAUAAGAAAAUGUCUUUUUGAAUCUCCCCAUAAAAAGUUUGCCAAUAAAGAAAGGUGAGACCCUGG